AUGGUUCCCGAAGUCGAUGUCGAUCUUUAUGCCUAUCUAGGUCUUACGUAUGAAAGUUCAAUUAAGGAGAUCAAAAGGGCUUAUAAAGUGAAAGCGAAGGAAUUGCACCCAGAUAAGAAUAAAAAUGAUCCUAGAGCAAUCCUUGAAGCACGAGAGAAAGAGGCCGCUUUUCGCCGUGCUGAAGCCCUCAAAAUAAUCGAACGGGAAAAGGUUGCAGAACGCUUUCGGAACGAAUGGGUGGCUUCAAAGGAAGCAGCCAUCUAUGCUGCUAGACGCGAACAUGCAAAGAAUGCAAAAAGUACAUUAGGUACCUCUGGAUGUCAUACCGUUGUUAGGAUAAAGUGGAAAAGGAAAGAGGGAAAUGAAACUUACGACAAGGAGUUCCUGCACACCUGCCUUAGUGAGUUUGGAACUGUUUCGAAUCUAGUUCUCGGGAAAAAAAACAGUGCAGUGGCGGAGUUUUCUUCAGAACAAGAGGCGGAAGCUUCCAUUAGAACAGCGUCUUUCAGAGCUAUUGGAUUCCCUGAUAAUCCACUAACAAUACACUGGGCUGGUGACUAUCCACUCUUUGAGAAGCCAACAGAAACUGAUGCAAUGUUACAUCCUCGACCCUCAUCACCUCUUCAUCAGAAAUGUGAUAAUGUGUCCUUUGAAAAUUUUGAGUCUGAUAUUCUGGCGAAAAUGGCCCGUUUUGAGUAG